GGUAUCUGUCUAUAAGAAUAGGAAGAUCUAUAUACAUAUUGUCUUGUUUCCUCUAGUCCCGCUUCUUUCCCUCCGUAUAGAUACUAGACUACCUACCUAAGGUAUACAGGGUGCGUUAAUUCCCCAGACUACCUAAACUAACAGCGGGCACCGUUCACGAUAUCCAACGUCCCCCGUCGACCUCGUCACCCCUGUACGUCUUGAGCUCUCAUCAUGUCUCGGUACUCCGGCCUCACGCCGUCGGCAAGAGACUAUUACGAACCCAGAGACCGGCCUCGUCGUCGGAAAAGGGACCCAUACCACUACAGCGCAGCGUUUAUGCGCGAGAUGAUAGAAGAGGCAAACGACAAAGAGGAAUCCAGAACCCUUUCCUUUAUUUUCAAGUCCCUGUUCUGGUUUAUGCCCAUUGCUCUCUCUGGACUUCUCGUCGCCAUCCUCGUCGUGUACAUCCUAGCUAUUAACAACAACAACAAUCCCAGCAUCGACCCAGACAGCAUCGAGUUCCAGCUUUAUAAAAACACCCGCUUCCGGGAGUGCUCCAGCAGCCAGAGCUCGCCCAACAACAUCGACUGUACGUUCCUGCAGUAUAACCUGGCAACGGACAGCCGAGGGUAUACCGACUUUUCACCCGACCCGAGCGAGAACUAUAUGGUCAAGCUGUGGCUGCCGGCGGACCGGUCCGACUACGAAGGCGCUCGAUACACGUGGUGCGACGUCGCCAGCUGCCUAAGCGCCUUCAAGGUGAUACCGUCGACGCCACGGCCCGCCGCCUUCUACACGCUCUCGCUCACCACCACGCUGCUCACCACCAUGACCAUAUGGAGUGCCUCGUGGUGGAUGUUCAAGCUAUUUACCUCGGACCCCGAAGACUGCGGCCAGGGUCUCGGCACGAUCUUCUGGGGCCUCGCGAUAUUUGACACCGCGACCGUCGUGUUUUGGUGGGUGAACCUAUUCAUACAGGCUUCAGAUCCCCUACGCUUUGCCCCCCUGUCGGUGCUGAACUGGGUUACGGUGUGGCGAUACGCACGCUCGCUACACUUCCACCCCGUAAAAUGUGCCUUUGAACCGGACUCGAGGCUACAUCGUGUCCUACUGUGGGUCUUGUAUUCUUUGACGGUGGCUCAAUGGAUUGCCUCCUGUGUUGUUUUCGGGAUAUACUACGGCGACAUAGUGUCCAUGUUCGGGAGAGGCCGCUACGCCCGAUACGACUGCCACGAGGACAAGAUCGACGCCGCCCCCGGCGCUUCUUCAUGCUCUUCGGCAGAGCUGUGCUCCAAGGACUGGCUGCUAGGAGACCCAGGGUUUGAACAGAGCGUCUACUACGGCGACCUAUUGGUAGCCAUUUUCUGGAUCUCGACCGUCGUGGCAUUAGCUCCGAUCCUGGGCCUCGUCUUCGAGGGAUUUCGUCGGUUGUAUCGAGAUCACGAUUUCUUCCCCAGCAAAACCUCCAGGUUCUUGAAGAAGUGGAGCAGCAAUGCCUCCCUUGAGUUCGUUCUCUUGGGCUUAUUCUUCGCUAUACUUGCUUUGGAUAUUUCAACGAUUGUUAACAUUUUCCGAGAGACGGGUGAUAACGACCGGGCGGGGACAUUCGCGUUUGACUUAUCUUGUCGGGCUGUCCAUGUUUCCUUAAGCCCGUGGAAAUAUUUCUUAGAUAUAAACGAAUAUGGGCGGGCGUUUAAAAUAGCAAAAACCUGGUUUAAUGUUUGAACAUUAUGAUUAGUAUUGCCCAUCUCUUCUAGUAGAACUUAACUAUCUUAGAUGGUUAAUUAAGCUGCCGAUGUUCCCUGUUGAUUAUCAGGGGUAGCCAUGAUGUCUCCUGACAUUUAUACUAAAUUAUUUCCUAUGGUU